ACAAACGGGAGGGGGUAUAUAGAGCUGCGACUGCGAGAGUUUGUAGCUUCCACAGAUCACAGAGAGCGGGAGCGGCUUCGGACUUUGGACUCGGGAGCAGCGAAGGAGCGGCGGCGGAGGUUGGCGGAGUUCACCUGAAAUCAAUUUAACAACAUGGCUCGUGGUUUGAAGAAACAUUUGAAGAGGCUCAAUGCCCCCAAGCAUUGGAUGCUCGACAAACUUGGCGGUGCAUUUGCUCCCAAGCCUUCGUCUGGACCUCACAAAUCCAGGGAGUGCCUGCCAUUGGUUAUCAUCUUGCGUAACCGAUUGAAGUAUGCUCUGACCUACCGUGAGGUCAUUUCCAUUCUGAUGCAACGACAUGUUCUCGUUGAUGGGAAAGUGAGGACAGAUAAGACAUAUCCGUCUGGUUUCAUGGAUGUUGUUUCAAUCCCCAAGACAAAUGAGAACUUCCGUCUCCUUUAUGACACCAAGGGUCGGUUCCGUCUCCACUCCAUCAGGGAUGAAGAAGCAAAGUUUAAACUCUGCAAAGUCCGCUCUGUGCAGUUUGGACAGAAAGGCAUUCCAUAUAUUAACACCUAUGAUGGGCGAACAAUCCGUUACCCAGACCCUCUCAUCAAGGCAAAUGACACCAUUAAGUUGGACUUGGAGACCAACAAGAUCACUGACUUCAUCAAGUUUGAUGUCGGCAAUGUGGUCAUGGUGACUGGAGGAAGGAACAGAGGGCGUGUUGGAGUAAUCAAGAACAGGGAGAAGCACAAGGGAAGCUUCGAGACUAUCCACGUCCAGGAUGCCAGUGGUCAUGAGUUUGCAACCCGGUUGGGCAAUGUGUUCACAAUUGGCAAGGGGACCAAGCCAUGGAUAAGCCUUCCCAAGGGUAAGGGUAUUAAGCUUACCAUUAUUGAAGAGGCCAAGAAGAGAGCAGCAGCGCAAGCCACAGCCACUGCUUAAAGACUCGCGUCGAAAACAAGCUUUAAACUUAAUUGACAAUUUUCAACUAUGUUUUUGUAGUGGUUUGCCUAUUGGCUUUGGAUAUUAUGCUGCAAAUUUUGUUUUGUUUAUUUCUACCCUUUCGCAUCUUGAUACAGAUAACUGUAGUUGUUGCACACAUUAUGCUUAUGUUAUUUUGAAGUAAUUUUUGUUUGAUCA